UGCCUCCAAUCUGGUAUUUCAAUGGUGUUGAGCAAGCUGAUCUUUAAAAAGUCACUUUGACAUCAUGUCUCAUGCUGGAGGUGACGUGCCAGAUGGGCAUGCCUCUGGAGCUACCACUGAGUCUGUGGGUGCCAGCAAGGAAUCCCAAUAUGACAUUGUCAAAGCCACUCAGUACGGCGUGCUGGAGCGAUGCCGUCAGCUGAUCGACGACGGCUAUGACGUCAAUCGGAGGGACAACAUCGACGUCACGCUGCUGCACUGGGCCGCCAUCAACAACCGGAUGCCGCUGGCGUCGUACUACAUCGGCCUGGGCGCGGAGGUGGACGCGCGCGGUGGCGACCUCGCCUCCACGCCGCUCCACUGGGCUGUCAGGCAAGGCCACCUGAGCAUGGUGGUGCUGCUGAUCCGACACCGCGCCGACCCCACCAUCCGUGAUGUGGAGGGCUUCGCCUGCAUCCACGUGGCGGCCCAGUGCGGCUACACCAACAUCGUGGCCUACCUGCUGGCGGUGACGGGCGGCGCCGGCGUCAACGCGCCCGACGACAGCGGCAUGACGGCCCUCAUGUGGAGCGCCUACAAGACCACCGGGAUGGACCCGACGCGGCUGCUGCUGACGUUCGGCGCCAGCACCUGCCUGCAGGACCAGACAUACGGGAACACGGCGCUCCACUGGGCCGUCACGGCGCGCAACGUCAGCGCGGUGCAGACGCUGCUGCGAGCCGGCGCCGACACCAGCGUCAGGAACAAACAGGGAGCCACGGCGCACGACAUAGCGCAGCGACACCAGGUGCAGUGGAUGGGCAGGAAAGGUGCAGUACUGGGCGGAGAUGAGCUUACCUCUGCUGGUGUUCUACGCGGUCGGCCAGAUCUUCGCCUGGAGAUGGACGUGCUGGUCAAGCUGGGCUGCCUGGUUGGCGUCUAUAUCGUGUGCCACUUCUACGGACAGGCCCUGUUCAACAAGGACUUCAUGGAGACGCUGCCGAUGGCCAUAUACCUGGCCACCAAGAUUUGGUUCUACAUCACCUGGGUGGUGUGGCUGCAGCCGUACGUGGGUGCUAGCACCACGCUAGCCUUCCUCGCCUGCUCGUCCCUGCUGUGGUGGGCGUUCGUGCGCUGCUGGCGGGGAGACCCCGGCCACAUGACCUCGUCGCUGACUGACAAGUGCAAGGUACGCCGCUCGGCCGGCUGGCCCACGGCUCGCUGCGGCCUGAGUAUGGCGCAGGGCCGCGCCGGCUGGUCGCUGCGCGGACAGGCUGACAUCGUGUCACUGUCGGAGACGGAGGGCUUCAACAUGGCGCAGUUCUGCAGCACGUGCCUCAUCCGCCGGCCGGUCCGCUCCAAACACUGCUCCGUCUGCAACCGCUGCGUGGCCAAGUUCGACCACCACUGCCCCUGGGUCAACAACUGUGUCGGUGCCGGAAACCACAAAAAGAGCUCGAAACCGUCUCCACCAUGGCCACGUGCGAGACGUGGGUGUCUGGAACGCCCUCAACGCGCUGGUGCACGCCGUCUGGGUGUCGGCCCUGUUUGCUGCCAGAUGUACCAGGUGGCGUGGCUGGCGAUGACCACCAACGAGCGCAUCAACGCCGCCCGGUACAAGCACUUCGCGUCGGCGGAGGCGGCCGGCCGGCGCCGCUCGCCGUUCGACCGCGGCCCGCUGCAGAACGCCGUCGACUUCUUCGGCUGCCGCUGUGUGGGCGUGUGCAAGCCGAGCCCGCCCGACUGGCGCGCCGUCUACCGGCUGGAGGAGACUCUGUGA